AUGGGUCUCUCUCUGGUUUGUGAAAAUGAUACUACUUCAACUGAAUCUAUCCCUUCAACACUGCCAUUGGUAGACCGUAAAGAUGGUAGUAUCAAUAUAGAGCAGCAUGAGGUUUUAUCACGCGGAUUUAUUGACAUUUCAACGUCUACAAUGACACCAGAACAACUCUCUAUUAGAAACAAAUCCAAAUGGUUCAAAAUUAAAAGAUUCUUUUGGGACGGAGCUGAUAAACAUCCUAAAGAACAAAAAUAUCUUUUUAAACUAGAUUUUUUCUUAUUAACGUCGUCUUGUCUUGGUUACUUUAUCAAAAAUUUGAAUCAAUCCAAUGUUACUACCGCUUACGUUAAUGGAAUGGACGAAUACUAUAAUAUGAACCACAAUCAAUAUAACUAUCUCAUUACCUUAUUUACUGUUGGUUAUAUUAUCGGUCAGAUUCCAUCAAAUUUAAUCUUGCAUAGAAUUUCUGCUCGGUACUACUUGGGUGGCUUGCAAAUAGUCUGGCUGGUUUUGACUCUUUUGAUGAUCACUGUUCCUCCAUCAAACAUAAGAGGUUUAUACGCUUUACGUUUCUUUUUGGGGUUGCUAGAGUCGGGUUAUUUCCCAGCUUUAGAGUACUUGUUAGGAUCAAAUUAUGGUACAACAGAGUUACUGAAAAGGUCUUCAUAUUUUGCAAUCAGUAGCGGUAUUGCUGGUAUUCUUAGUCCCUUGCUACAGGAAGCAAUCAUAAGAAGAUUUAAACAUUCAUCCUUGCCGCCUUUCAAAUGGAUGUUUGUUUUUGACACAAUUAUCAGUUUUCCAAUUGGUAUUUACACAAUGCUUGUUGACCCAAAUACGCCACUGACCACUGAUGCUUUCUAUUUUACAGAUGAAGACAAGUUGGUUGGGUUGGAAAGAAGAAGAUUGUUAGGAGCUGAACUAAACACAAAGAGUCCAUUCACCAGGAAAAAGAUAAAGACAUUCUUCAACACUUGGCAUAUUUACCUUUUCCCUUUGGUCUUUUUAGCUUAUAAUAACACGGCAACAGCGAUAAACCAGCCUACUUUCCAAGGGUUCAUCAAGAUAUAUCUCAAAAAGCCUUCGAGUGUUUAUAACACGUGGCCAAGUAUUUUAAGUGCUUUGAGUAUAGUUGUAACACUUGUUUUUGCGUAUGUAAACGAUAUUCUAGGUGGUAGGAAGAAUGUUUGGUUUGUUAGCGCAUACUUUAUAUGUUUGAUAAUUGGUUGUGCUUUACUAGCAAAAUGGACAAUUCCCAUAGGAUUACACUGGUUCUGUUAUUUCUUAAUCGGUAUACCAACAAUGUGGGGCCAGCCUUUUAUUUUCUCGUGGGUCAAUAGGUUACUAUUUGCAGAUGAUAUGAAGAGAAACUUUGUUGUUGUUGUUACAAAUACUUUGGCUUAUGUCACUGGAGCCUGGGUACCAAUAUUGGUCUGGAACACCAAAGAUAAGCCAGAGUACUUUAUUGGAUUUACGUACACGGCAACUUUGGCAGCUGUUGGAUUGAUUCUAACGGGAGGUGUAUACUGGUUGAGCGAACGUGAUGAAAGAAGACAGUCACUGAAGAAGGAAGAGUCAUCCAGUAUUGAGACAAUAUUGUAA